CAAAUCACUUAAUUCUGUCAAUGUCAUCAUCAUCAAGUCGUAGUAGAUCUAUGUGACAAAAAGAUUUUGGGGAAUUAUUUUGUCUGGCGAAAGAAUGGGAAACGCAGGGAGUAACCAACCCAAAGAAUGGCAUCGAGACGCUGUGACGAAAGCUCCUGACGUUGGACCGUCGUCGCCAGUCAAAGAAGGCGAAGCGUUCACAUUUGACAAGAAGGUUGACGAUGAUCGCAUUGGCAGAGACGAAGAAAAUAACAUUGAAGAUGGUGCACCAUAUUAUACCAAGGCUGUUCCUGAAAGUGAUGUAGAAUAUACUGGACCACGUGAGAGAUCGAAUACUUUGACUGACAGUAGCAAGAUUAUUGACGAUAUAAAAGUUUUGCCAACUGUUUUUAAAUGGGAAGGAGGGGGUAAACAGGUGUAUAUAAGUGGAACAUUUACUGAUUGGAAAACAAUUCCUAUGGUCAAGUCCCAUGGAGAUUUUGUAACGAUAAUAGAUUUACCUGAAGGUGAACAUCAGUACAAGUAUUUUGUUGAUGGAGAAUGGCGACAUGACCCCACUAUGAAGGUAGUGGAUAAUGGCAUGGGAAGUAAGAAUAAUUUGGUAACAGUUAAAAUGUCAGAUUUUGAAGUUUUCCAAGCUCUUGCAAAGGACAGUGAAGGCAUACAUAGCAGUGCUCAAACGGAGUAUUCACAGGAAAUACCUCAAUCCAAGCCAUGGGAAAAAGUUUCAGGGCCACCUAUUUUGCCCCCUCAUCUAUUACAAGUCAUUCUGAAUAAAGACACACCAUUGUCUUGUGAGCCAACAUUGUUGCCUGAGCCUAAUCAUGUUAUGUUGAAUCACCUUUACGCAUUGUCCAUCAAAGACGGUGUCAUGGUGUUGUCAGCCACCCACCGAUACAGAAAGAAGUAUGUCACAACACUGCUUUACAAGCCAAUAUAAGUAUUAAAUCUGAUGAUCUGAUGUAUCAUAGUUUCCUAAAGCACAACAUUGCUUCCAUAAAUCAAUUUACUAAUAAUAAACACUACAGCUACUAUUAAUUCCAAAUAAAUACAAGACAAGUGGUAUUUUUGCACUAAGUUUCAUAAUUAUCUAUAGAUAUCUGGCACUAAAAUGAAUGCAGCGGGAUAGGAGUAUAAAGAGCUAUGAUAAAAAAUGCUAAAUCAUGUUUGAAGGUAUAGUAUUAUUGUUUUUUUUUUCUAUAAUUGUUUAUUUUGUACUAUUUGGUACUAGUACUAAUGUGUCUGAAGUGCAAUGGUCUUAAUGGGGAAUAUAUAAGCAAAAGUAUGGGACCCAGUUACUUCUGAUGAAGUUUCCUUUAGUGAUAUGAAUACAAAGGUGUCUGCACUAGUGUGUGUAAAUAAGAUCAGAUCAGUAUAAUAGUUGUAUUAUACAACAGUUUUUGACAAAUAAUAAUGGAUAAAAUGUUAUUACAUAUUUCUAAGUGCAGCCAGAUGUGAUAAUGUACUCUGUUUUAAAUUAUUGACUUGUUGUGAUUGUAACUAUUAGUUAGGUAUAAAUUUAACGUGCUUUUGUUAAAGUAUAAUUAUGUAAACAUUAGUGUGUAAAUAAAAGAUCUAUAUAAAAA